GAGUGUUCUUUUGCAUCCAGGAUUAUACACUAUCCUUCUUGUCAUUUUUAAAACAAUCUCCCUCCCCACCUUCACAACCUACCUCGUCCAAAAGUAUCAACCUCAUGAAAAUUCAUACUUCGCACUAUUCUCAAAAGUUAUCUUUUUCUAGUCAUUGCCCUAUUCUCAUCGCUUGUAUAUUUACAUUCCAAUUCUCCAUUUCCGAAAAAAAAAAUGUUUUUAUUAAAAUCAAAAAGUUCGUAAUUUCAAUAACCCUGUUGCCGCUGUGAUUUUCCUAAAGUAUCUACAAAGUCUGAUCCGUGUUUCAUCAAAGCGGUAGAAGAUGACACCUGCACAUUAAAAAAGAAGAAUACACCCUAACGUAUACCGGGAGCCAACACGUUUAGGCAAUAGCGAUAAUGUCAUUGUCUCAUCAUUCCGCUUGACAACGACCUCAACUCGAACCUAAUAGAUAAUGUUAGAAUCUUUUUUUUUUUUAGGGUUUCGAUCAAAGUUUCCCGCAAUGACUUUGUGGCGUGUA